CUCAGUUUUCUCGUCCUGUUUCGGUAGGAACACGAUCCCGUAGAGAUCUCGUUAGGUAAUCCGACCCACCCACUGCACGCACAAAGGGGGUGGAGUCGUGUGUGCCACUGACUGAUGGCAGAAGCACGGUUAACACAGCAACCAAUCAGGCCCCAUGGAAGGAGGGGGACGGACGGUACUUCAAAGAUGUUUGCGGUUGCACAUACCACCACGUACUCUUCACCGAGAUGGCCGUGUAUCGUUAAGUACGAAUGACCCAUCCAUCGCUUGACCCACACCAAACCACGUCUGUGCCAACACGGAUAUACGACUCGCUAAACAUGGAUACCCAAACCUACGGCGAAGUCAAUCAGUUGGGCGGAGUCUUCGUAAACGGACGUCCAUUACCGAAUGCCAUACGAUUACGAAUCGUGGAGUUGGCUCAAUUGGGAGUUCGUCCGUGCGAUAUUAGUCGACAGUUGCGGGUGUCGCACGGAUGCGUGUCGAAAAUCUUGGCCAGGUAUCACGAAACGGGUUCCAUCUUGCCCGGUGCCAUCGGAGGAAGCAAACCCAGAGUCACUACGCCUAAAGUGGUGGCCUACAUAAGAGAAUUGAAGCAGAAAGACCCGGGAAUCUUCGCUUGGGAAAUCAGGGAUCGUCUCCUAGCGGACGGAAUCUGUGACAAAUACAAUGUGCCAUCGGUUAGUAGCAUCAGCCGCAUUUUACGCAACAAGAUAGGGGUGUCGGGACAUCUCAAUGGACACUGUUUCGUGGACUCGGCCGUCAAAGACCAUCACAGACACCUGUACAAUCCCAUUUACCCGUAUCCUUGCGCCGCCGCUCCGCCCCAAUCUCAAGCGUCUCAGUCGAACACCCCCGUGCCGGCUCUCAACAUGACGGCCAAUGCCAAAACUACCACCGUACCGGGCAUCGCCAACGGAGGGAGUCCCGCCACGGCACUGAGGAGUUGGCCCUCUCCGCACGCCGUCACCGAUCUUCUAGGCCACUCCGCAGCCGUAGGAUUUCGUCCUUCGCACCCCACGGCAUCCGUAACCGUGUCGGGUAGCACCCCUUUCGGACAAUUGGCCACGGCGCAGAAUUAUAAUUACUACAUGUACUUGCAAAGCCAUCAUCAUCAUCAUCACCAUCCCGGUUCGAACGGGUCCGUCUCGCCACCGUCUAUACCAAGUUUGGUGACGGCUCACGGUCUGACAUCCACGGUGCCUUCUACAGCAAUCUGAACGUGGUGCAAGUCUUGGUCUUUGUGAUCCUCUUCUGUACUUUAUAGAACGGGAUGUACGUUAAGUAAACCACUCGCAAAUCAACCAACUCCGACGUGAAUUAAUCCGAUCCACGCGUGCCGCUACAAGAGUAAUCGGCAAAUUCACUCGUUUUCUAGUUAGAUUUUCGGAUAGACCUUAUUUCUUUAGUAAUUAGAAUAACAUAGCGAUAAGCUAUUCUAGAAAAUUAUAAUAUUACAAAAUCUGUAUAUUAAUUAAGUUUAUCUAUCUAUCCGAUAUCUUUAAGCUAACUCAAAAAUGUGCCUUUGAUACGAUAUAAUGUAAUUACAGGUAACUUUUUUUGAAUGGAGAACUAACUGAACCGAUAUUUACUAAAUUUACAGUAUUUUAAUUAAUUUUAUGCAAAUUUUAGGCUUGUUUUGCAAUGUGGAAAGAGGAGACUUAAGCCAAAUUUGGAUAUUGGAGUUUAGCAUCGAGCCUUUUAAACUUGCAAAAUAGAAUUACUAGAAUAAAAUAAAAUUAGUGACGUCCCGAAAAUCAGAUAGGUUAAAUUUAAAGUCAUUUUUUUUAGUAGUAAAGUUUUCAAAUUUUUGUUAUUUUACAAGACGAAAUCAGGACCAAAAUGGCAUUAUUGCUUGGCUUUACAUUCCAAAUGAAUUUGGAUUUUUUGGUACUUUAUAAACAAAAUUUGUAGAGUGUAAACGAUUCUUGCGUAUUUUUUCUCUUUAUUUAUGUAUAAAAAGGGGGAAAAAACCUUAAUACUGUAUUUAACUUCCUUUAACGUAUAUAAAUGUUAUUACGGGAACUUAACGUUAAGGUUCUUCAUUUGAUUAGACACUUUCUUUCUUUUAUAAUUUAUUUUUUAGGGAAUGAAAUAAAAACAUUUGAGUUUAUUCGGGUUCUCUAUUAAUACUGUCGAUAAGUAGCCUACACACGAGAAAUAUUUUUAAAUUAAAAAAUAAUGGUAUUAGCUAGUAAAAUUUAACAUUUUGAGAGUCAACACCGUUUUAAGAAAUCGAGAAGUUUUAAAUUUUAGUUUGAUCUGAAAGAAAAUAUAGAAAUAUCCAAAACUUGCACAGUCUCUCGCAUCUUAAGGUGUCUUUUUUCAAAGAUAAUCAAACACUUUGCACAUGGAGGAUUUAAAAAUACAAAUGUGACCCGGCUAAGAAACUACAAAAUGAAAAUAUUUCAAUAAUUAUUAUUUUGUAGCAAUAUAAUCAGAAUUCCAAAAUAAAUUUGAAGCAAUCUUUUCUACAAUUAAAUGUUUCGAUAUUUUGUAGAAGGCCUAAUCGUUUAAAACGGGUCUAAAGCAAUUAAUGUUAUCACCUACAGGUAUAGAGAUAAAAAUCCAUAAGAAAUAUUAAAUCGAACUUCUAUUUAUUUCGUAAUUAAGAAAUUUAAUCCAUAAUUACGAUCCAAAAUUAAAAAAUCCAGCAAUUUAGUUAGAAAAUUAUUCAAUCCUUCCAUUGAUUUUGAGCAAACUGUAUAAGAUUAUCCUAUAAAGGUCAUUCAAACUGACCAAAAGAAGUUCAAUAUUUUAAUACGAUGAAGUUGUUUAUUGUUAAAUCCUGUUAUAAUUGGAGCGAGGGGAUGUAGAAUUAGGCUAUUAUCGAAUCAAAAGUCAUACUUUAAAACAGGAUCAGCUUUGUACCGAAUUAUACCUCGAACGUUUCUACUUCAUUUCACCUCAUACAUUUUCAACGAAAUGCUUAGGAUUUACACUCCAUUGAACAGCUGUAGGGAAGUGAAGAACUAUUCUUCGCACCUUAAACGUAGGCCUAUCGAAAAUGUUCGCAGACCGUUUAUUAAUUUGUCGCGAGUGGAAAAUGUUGCACGAAAUAAGAUUUAUAUCGUUGAUGCAACCAAUCAUAUUCCUAUAAUUUUUAGUUUUAUUAUUAUUAUUAUUAUUAUUGUAAACUUACGAAGCUUCCCAUCUAUCGAUAUUGGUUCAAUUGGAAGCUGAUCUCCAUUAGUUGAUCUUCUAUUGUUGUUUCAUUGUAAGAAUAUGGGUG